UGUUCCCAGCAGAUUUGAUCCUCGAUGAAACAUCAGGUUCUUUCUCCUCUCCCUUUAAUCCAAGAAACUAUCCAUUCAACCAGACAUGUAGCUGGAAGAUUAUGGGGAAACAAGGAUACCGUGUUGAACUCACAAUACCAGACUAUAAUCUACAAGGCUGUAAUGGCACUGCUUGCUUGUGUGAUUAUUUGGAAGUUCAGAAUAGCUUCAGUGAUAAAGCGCUACCUGGAAAACUAUGUGGUACACCAAGGUUUACUCCUUUAAAAUUUUAUUCACUGAACGAAAGCUUGAGGGUGGUGUUUGUGUCCGAUGAUACAAAGAUGGAUUAUGACGGAUUUGGGGCAACUUACAAGCUGUUGAACUACAGUCCUCCAAUUUGUCCCAAGGAAGCAAUUCCUCUCUCAGGCAGCGGCAAAAUAAGCAGCACAAACUACCCAAAGAGUAACUAUACCGCGUCCAUAAAUUGUACCUGGAACAUUACUGCGCCAGCUGACAAAAUAGUAAAGUUUACGUUUACAGACUUUGUGUUAAGUGAGUGUUCAGUCAGUUCUUGUUCGAACUCUUGUUCUUAUGUGGAGCUUUAUGAUGGUGGGUCAAUAAGUUCGCCUUUACUAAGGCAAUUUUGUCAGGGGUCGACCUGGAAUCAGCCUCAGUUCUCGUCUGGAAACCAAAUGUUUGUGAUGUUCCAUCCUGGAGAAACAGUUAAUCGUGGAUUUGAAGCGGAAUAUUCAGUAUCUUUUCCCGGGCCAGCAAUAUCGACAAGUCAACCGGCGACGACAUUUGUAUUGAAAAUUGCAAAUGAAUCGGGAGAGAGAAGUACGUCGAAGAAAUCCUUACCACCAGGUGCCGUGACCGGAAUUGCACUGGCUGCUGCGAUUUUUGUUCCACUCAUCAUCAUAAGGGUUUACCAUUACCAUCGUCAUGUUAGAACUCAUCCUCUGCCUAACGAGGACAAAGAGAAUUAACAUGCAGCAGAUCUCCACCUGACGCCUGAACAUGAUUUACGACAAAUUUAUUAUAAAGUUAUUACAUUAUUACAAUAAUUUAGGAGACAGUGUUCUCGAGUGGUUAGAGUGCUGGAUCUUAAGCCCGGUUAUCUCUUUCAGGUCCAUGUUCCCACGCUACCACUCAACGUUUUUAUUUUUAAAUAAUAAUAAUAAAAAUAAUAAUAGCAAUAAUUUAUUAUCUUAUAUUGCGCAUGCUAAUUGACGUUAUGAUCGCGUGCACUUCACCAAAAAAAUGUGGAACAUAUGAUAAAAUUAGCAGAUAAAAUACGAUAAAAAAACUAAAAUCGCUUAAAAAUUGCGAUAUUCUCCGUUACUUUGAAUUCAACACCUCAGCUGCACUCUCAAAGUAACCAACUGGUCCACUUCCUGUCAGUCGGGAUUUAAACCAGUUUACAUUUAUUUGGAAUAUCUGUUGCACUGUGUAUAUUUAGGCCCUCAAAAGUCUCAUUGAGGAGUGGUCAAUUUUUUUCCUCGAUGAACGCCAAAAAACUCAAACGAGACCGACAUAAUAGCCACUUUACGAGAUUGCUGGCUCACAAUCUCUUCCAGCCUUUAAUUGAGUAACUUCGGCGGAGAUCUAGGUGGAUAAACUGGAAACGAUUGUGUCUAUCCACCCGUAGUUAAACUAGAUCCAGACCCUUGAAGUGUGGAAACAUAAGAAAGCUUUGAAAAGUGACUGAGACAAUACACAAGUAAUUUAAACUUAACAGUUAUAUUAAAUCAACGGUCUCUGGCUCACAUCCCAAAAUGUUCGUCUCACAACAGUCA